ACUCGAAGACUCUUCUUUGAACGCGACAGAAACGCAGAGAGGUAUAAAGAAAAGAAGAGAAGCGAAGAGAAGCGAAGAGAAGCGUUCGCGAUCGAUUCAAAGUGUGCGCCAAAUUGGUCGGUAGAGGUACGGUUAACGCAUGCGCGAGAAACGAACGAAUGGGGUGACUCGUAGGGUAUAGUAGAUAGUGUCUGCCGAUAGGUGGCAGGUCGUACGACGAGCGAGGGCGCAGAGUCGGCGCGCGCAGCGCCGUUCAUCGAUAGAACGAGACGAGGAUUGGUCGAGAGCGCGUAGGAAGAGGACGAGGCAAGCAGAGCCGUUCGCGUAUCGUCCAAGUGAUGCGGUUUUCUCCAGUGUCGCGUAGAGUGUAGUGUGUCUCUCUCGCCUUCCUCUUUCCCCCCUCCGUAUUUCUUUGGCGCGUCGAGUGUUCAGUGUGCGUCGAUGUGGAGGUGGUCCGGGCUUCUUCUUACCGAUGACUAAGGAGUGCAUUUAGUGCAAGGACUGAGAAUACCUGGGAGCGUUUGAGAAGUACAUCCCCCGAGACCCCCCCAGCCAAAAUCACACGCCUAACCUCUCCCCUGUCCUCCUUAUCCUCUUCCGCACCCUUUCCCUCCGCAAACUUCGACAAGAAGACGUCUCAUCACAGAAGUAGCAGUCGUGAGCACGCAAUGGACGGCAUGGAUAAUAAACCAGCGCUCAAUGAUGACCCUUCGGUCACUUUGACCAUUCGUCUGAUUAUGCAGGGCAAGGAGGUAGGAAGUAUCAUCGGGAAAAAGGGAGAAAUCGUCAAAAGGUUCCGCGAAGAGUCCGGUGCAAAGAUCAACAUAUCCGAUGGAUCUUGUCCUGAACGGAUAGUGACCGUAACCGGGCCAACGAAUUCGAUCUUCAAGGCGUUCACGUUGAUAUGCAAGAAAUUUGAGGAAUGGUGCUCCCAGUUCCACGAUAUCCAGGGUGGUGGUGCCGGUGGUGGCGGUGGCGUACCAAGGCCACCCAUUACACUGAGACUGAUCGUACCAGCUUCUCAAUGUGGCUCGCUCAUCGGUAAAGGUGGCUCGAAGAUCAAGGAGAUUCGUGAGGUUACAGGCGCCUCGAUUCAGGUCGCCUCUGAAAUGUUACCGAAUUCGACCGAACGAGCGGUCACCAUAUCGGGCACGAGCGAAGCUAUAACGCAAUGCAUAUAUCACAUCUGCUGUGUUAUGCUAGAGUCCCCUCCCAAAGGUGCCACGAUCCCUUAUCGCCCCAAACCCCAAGUUGGUGGGCCACUGAUCCUGGCUGGUGGGCAAGCCUACACCAUCCAGGGUAAUUACGCGGUGCCCGCCCACUCGGACGUAAGUACAGUAUUGCCAUUGCCCGCGCCCGCUGCCGGGCCCACCCCGCCCUCGCUGAACACCCAAACUUUGACGACCUCGCCCUUCGCGGCCCACCCUUCCUCCUCGGCCUUUGCCGCUUCUCACGGGCAUCCGCUCCUAUCCACCGCCCACCUUACCAGCCCACAUCAUCCUCUACACCCAAGCCCCUUACACGCCAGCGUGGCAGGCCUCGCCGACCCCCUGCUGAAGAGUGGACACUUGCAGGCAGCCCUCCCGCCCGCACACCUCGUGGCAGACGCCAUGGGCAAGCUUGGCAGUAAUCCUCUUGCUGGCUUGGCGGCUUUGGGCCUUGGUAGUCUCGCCACUCCUGCUAAUACCGGUGGAAUUAAUCCGGCAGCAUUGGCGGCACUAGCGGGUAGCCAGUUACGUACGAACAACACGAAUCGGCAACAGCCAGCGGCGAACAAUCAAACGCACGAAAUGACAGUGCCGAACGAGUUGAUUGGUUGUAUCAUUGGCAAAGGUGGUACAAAGAUAGCUGAGAUACGUCAGAUAUCAGGUGCUAUGAUCAGAAUUAGCAACUGUGAGGAGAGAGAAGGUGGUGCCACGGAUCGUACGAUCACCAUUACAGGAAAUCCGGACGCUGUUGCGUUGGCACAGUAUCUCAUCAAUAUGAGGAUAACAAUGGAAACGUCAGGACUGCCUGUACCAACGUACCACUUCAUAACGCCGGACCACAUCGUUAAAUCACCGAUUCAUUGAAUAUCGCGGACGUUAGCCGCCACGUAUGGUCGUUAUCGUCGUCGAAAGGACGCGGGGCGUCGCGACGUACGCGAGGAGGCUGUCCCUGGCAUCUGGAAGCGGCUCACUAUAGUGUGUUCGACCAGUUUGCUAAUCGACACGCUUGGAAUGAUAAAAAAGAUAAAAAAUAGAGAAAUAGAGGAAGGGAGAUUAGAGACAAAAAAAGAGGUAGAGAAAGAGAGAGGAGGAGGAUUAUAUUAUUAUAUGGAAGGGAAAGAAAAGAAAGAAAGAGAGAGAAAGAGAGAUGCACGAUCGUAGAGAGAGCGAGAGAGAGAGAGAGAGAGAGAGAGAGAGACAAAUUAUACACUCGACACGCACGUAAGAAUAUACACGAGAGAGAAUACACGCUAUGAACACACACUCAUAUUACACGUAUACAUUAAACACACGCGUUUUUUCAUCAUAUUGUAUAUAUAUACAUAUAUAUAUAUGUAUGUAUAUGUAUAGAUAUAUGUGUAUGUAUAUAUAUAUAUGUGUGUAUAUAUAUAUAUAUAUGCAUAUGUAUAUAUAAAUAUACGUAAGAUAUCGAGAAUACUCGAUGACAAGAGACAAUGAUGUGUAUAUAAGAGAAGCACACACGCGAUUUCGUUGUUAAUUACGAGAUCACACGCGUACACGAGAGUAUAUACACGAUAAGAAAGAAAAAAAAAAGAAAGAGAGAGAGAGAAACACGUAUACACUUUAAACAUAUGUAGAAAGAGAGAAAGAGAAAGAGAGAGGGAGAUAAGGAAAGAGACGAAGAAGAGACACGCACGCGCGUACACGAACACACUCGAGUGUACAAAACUGUACAAAAGAUAUUUAAACAAAGAUAACAAAGAUGAAAAUAAAAAGAAAAAAAAAAAAUGAAGAAAAGAAAAAAGAAAAUUAAACAUACACACAACAAACAAUGAUGUACGCCGCAGCCAUCACGCGCUGCUGCCGAUUGGUAAAGGGAACAAGCCAAAGAUACGUUAGUUUUCAUUUUUAUAUUUAAACAAAAAAAUGAUGCGAGAGAGACGGGAGAGAGAUACAAGAGAGAGAGAGAGAGAAAGAGAGAGAGCGAAAGAGAGAGAGAGAAAGAGAGAGAGAGAAAGAGAGUUAGAGUUAUUAAUUAUUAAUUAUUAACUAUAUACGAACGCGAUGAUGAUGCUAAAAAAAUACUCUUAGGGCUGGUCGUUUUAGAAUCUUUUUUUUUUCCUCGUCGCGAUCUCUCCGCGCUAGCAACGAUCGUACGUUUAAAUAAAAAGAAAAAAAGAAAAGAAAAGAAAAAAUGAGAGAAACAGACAAACACGGAAUAGGAAGAUCUCUAAAAACAAAAUGGCGAUGGUCGUCGCUGCUCAGCGCUGAGUAUAUCGACGGGGUAGAAAAAAGAAGAAUAAGAAAUAAAUAAAUAAAUAAAUAAAUAAAUAUAUAAAUAUCGAGACAAUUUAAUCGCGCGCGCGGUAAUUAAUUAAUUAAAACUACUUCAUUGAUUGAUUGAUUGAUUGAUUGAUUGAUUGAUUGAUCGAUUAAUUGGUAGUUUUUUAAAGUAGCUUUUGCAUGCGAGACUCGAUUUCAAAAUUCUCGGACGAACGAUAAUAUAACAACCAUACAUACGUACUUUUCUCCUGUUUCUUCUUCGAUUUCUAUUUCUACUUCUAUUUCUACUUCUUCCACUUCUUAUUGUAAUUCUAAUUCUUAAUCUGCCCUCUCCGACAUUUUAUUUCUCUCCCCUUAAACUUCGAUGAUCUUUGUUUCAUUCAUUUUCGCGCGAUCGAGAACGAUCGAGGAUCCUCCCAGAAUCACUGAUUUCAACUUAUAGCAUAACUCAUCUCGAGAUACAAUCGAUAAUUAUUAAUAAUAAUACAUAACAAUAAUAAUAAUUAUUAUUAUUACUAUUAUUACUAUUAUCAUUAUCUUUUAUCAAUAUUAAUUAAGUAAUUAAUUACUUAUAAUCAUAAUAAUGAAUAAUAAUUAAUUAAAUAAUUAAAAAUAAUAAUAAUAAUAAUAACAAUGAGUAAUAAUAAUAAUUAUUAUUAUUAAUAUAAUUACUAUCGAUUUUCUCCGAGUUAAUCGUCGCGAAGAUCCUCCGCUUCCGUUUCGAUAUCGCCUUCAACGUCGUCCUCACGGUGUUCUUUAUCUCGACCUCCCCCUCCCUUCCCCCCACCAUUUACAACCCCUUAUUCAAUAAAAGAAAAAAACGAAGCGACAACAAGAAAAAAAAAUAAGAAAGAAAGAGAGAAAGAGAAUGAUCAGCAAAAAACGAGAAAAAGUAUCGUACAGACGCAUACGCAUACUGAAACGAUCCAAACGAUCGAUAUAAAAAAAAAAAAGAAAAUAUAUAUAUAUAACGGAAAGAAAAGGAAAGAUAAAAAAAUGUAUGGAUUAUUAAGGGAAAAAAAAUAAAAAUAAAAAAGACAAAAAAAUUGGAGGCAUUCGUCGCGAUUCGUCGAACACGUUACUGCUAGUCGCGCUCUUCUGUUUUGAAGGAAUGAAAUUAUUACGUGGAUUAUAAAUAACGAUAUAUAUUAAUAUUAUAUAUAUAUAUAUAUAUUUAUUAUACGAUUAUAAAGAGAGAGAAAAGAGAGAGAGAGAGAGAGAGAGAGAGAGAGAGAGAGAGGAAGGGAGAAUGAAAAAAAAGGAAACAAACAAACAAAGACAUACAAAACACACACGCAAUUAAAGGAGAAGAUAAUAUAUUGAUCGAUAAAAAAUGCGAUUUCUCUCAAAAAAGGAGAGAGAGAGAGAGAGAGAGAGAGAGAGAGAGAGAGAAAGUGAAAAAAGAAAAAGACAAACAAGACUCGAUUGGUCGACGAUCAGAAAAAAGACAAACUUCUCCAACGACUUCCAGCAUCCAACAUACAGCAUCUCGUUCUUCCUUUCACGAUUAAGAUAUUUCUAUCCUUUCGCCGUUCGUUCAUGUUCUUCGAGAUUUCUUUAUCUCUUUCUAUCCUCCAUACUUCUCCUCCUUCGAUAUGCAACAACGUUCUGCUGCGUAACUUCCGAUUUGUGCCAAAAACAAAAAAGAUAAUAAAAGAAAAUUGACAAAAUGAAAAUAAUCUCCAAGAAAGAAGGAAAAUUUCGUUGUCUUCUUCUUUGAAAGUUUCCCGCGUGAAUUACCACGUGACCUAUCUAUCGCGUGACAUUCAUUACCACGUGACUUUACCACGUGACCCAUCGUGCUUCCUCUACGUCAUUUUCCACAUCGCAAGCCUCUUAUUAUUAUUACUAUUACUAUUAUUAUUAUUAUUAUCAUUAUUAUUAUUAUUAUUAUUAUUAUUAUUAUUAUUAUUAUUAUUAUUAUUAUUGUUAUUACAAUUAUUAUUAUUAUUAUAAUUUUUCAUAAUCUUAUUCUUCGUCUUUAAAGAAGAAAAAGAAAACAAAAAAAAAAGACAAAAGAAAGAAAACAUUGCGUGUUUUUUCGUUUCCGCGACGAUUACGACGACAUGUUCUCUUUUCUUUCCCUUCUACGUAAAGUUGUGCUUUUGCUAUCGCAAUUGUCAAGAAACAAGUUAAUAAUUUGGCAAAUCAUAUUUUGUUUUUUUUCUCUUUUUUUUUUAUUUUUAUUUUAUUUUAUUUUAUUCUAUUUUAUUUUAUUGAAAUCUUAUAUAUAUAUAUGUAUGUAUAUAUAUAUAUAUAUAUAUAUAUAUAUAUAUAUAUAUAGAUAGAUAUUUUGUGUGUGUGUGUGUGUGUAUAUAUAUACAUAUAUAUCCCGCUGCUCGCUUUCUUUCGAUUGCUCGCGAGAAAUCGGAUUUAAUCUUACGCGCUUUCAUUUUGUAAAUAGCGUCUUUUCUCGCGCUCGUGUUGUAUAUAUUUAUUAUUAAACAACGCGUAUAUAAUAUAUAUAUAUAUGUAUGUGUAUAUGUAUGCAUGUAUGUAUGUGUAUAUAUAUAUAUAUUAUAUAUAUUAUUUACUGUGUUGUACUCACGUCACGUGCCUCCGCGCGCCACGUCGAGACGAGUCGCGUCGAAAUCAAUCAAUCGUUUCAUCUUGAUGCACGGUUAUUUAUUAUUAUGAUUAUGAUUAUGAUUAUUAUUAUUAUUAUUAUUAUUAUUAUUAUUAUUAUUAUUAUUACUAUAACUAUUAUUAUUAUUAUUAUUAUUACUAUUACUACUACUAUUAUUAAUAUUAUUAUUUUUAAUAUGUUUAUUAAUAUUAUAUUAAUAUUAUAUAUUACUAUUAUUAUUAUUAAUUAUUAUACGUGCGCGUCCGUUGGUUGUUGAAAAUUUUUCUUUGAUUUGUUGAUAUACUUUUUCCCCCUCCUCCCUUUCGUUGUUUCGUCUAAUAAAUGUCCCGAAUAUUUUUGAUCGAUUGUAUGUAUAUAUUAAAAAAAAAAGCAAUAUCCUUUAGGUGAAGUUUCAUUGUAAAUGGCUCGUCGAUAUAGCAGCCGGAGUAAUCUGCUAGUUAUUUCUUCCUUUUUUAAAAAUCGGAAAGCGUGUUAUUAUUAUUAUUAUUAUUAUUAUUAUCAUUAUUGUAUUAUUAUUAUUAUUACUAUUAUUAUUAUUAUUAUUAUUAUUAUUAUUAUUAUUAUUAUUAUUAUUAUUGUAACUGUUUUUUAUUAUUUAUGUAUUUGUUAAAAAGAACGAAAGCGUAGAAAAAGAAGAAAUUUAUAUCGUUCGCUUCUAAAAGAAGCAAUAUUCUCUCUUCUUCUACUCCAUUUGGCCGCAUUCGCGGCAUGGCGAAUGAAAAAUCAGUCUCCCUUCCCAACCACCCACAAUCACCCUCCUCAUCCCGCUAUCCGGGCACCUCACCGUAUUUUCUUUUUUUCUUCUUUUUUAAUCUUCUCGUUGUUCUCUUUUUUGUCUUUUUAUCCCCUUCGCUACUCGGCAUUUUUGUCUUUCGCCAUCAUAAUCAUCGUUAUCGUCAUUAUCGUACCGCAAUCAUCGCCAUCAUAAUUAUUAUAAACAUCGUAAUUGUCGUCGUUAUCACCAUCAUCGUCAUCGUCGUCGUCAUCAUCAUUAUUAUUAUUAUCAUCAUCAUCAAUAAUCCUUUAAAAUUGCCACCCUUUUUUUCUCGCGAGACACCAUUCCUCGACUGUACCACUUUCCGACAAUGGAAAUGGACGAUGACGACACGCGCUGAUUGUAUUUUAAUCGUAAAUUCAAUGACUACAAAUGAAUGAGCUUGAGUUGGGAAAGUAGGAAAGAUCGAACGAAAGGAUGCGUUUUAAAGAGGCAACAAGAGUUGAAGGAAAGUGAAGUAAAGUAAAAAAAAAAGAAAAAAAGAAGAGAAAAGACGAAAUAGCGACGGCAUCGUUCGAGAUAGCCUCCGCAGCUGAGAUAAAAUAAUAAUAAUAAUAAUAAUAAGAAUAAUAAUAAUAAAAAUAAAAAUAAUAAUAAUAAUAAUAAUAAUAAUAAAGCAAACACAAAAAAAAGAAAAGUCGAAAAAAAUAUAUAUAUAUAUGAAGUAAACAAUUAGUGAGAGACGCUGUAUGAUUGUGUAUAUCAACAAUAAAUAAUUGCUGUGAUUAGAAUCGAUUAUUAGUAAAUAGUUAAGGACAAUUUUUAAAGCAUAUUGCAAAGAGAGAGAAAGAGAGGAGAGCGAAAGAGAAAGAAAAAAAGAUUGAUGUGGAAUAAAAAAAAAAAAAUAAAAAAGACAUUACUGAACGGCUGGUGCAUGUGUGUUUGUGUAUAUGCGUGUGUGUGGGUAUGUGUGUGUGUACGAGAGAGAAAGAAGAAACGAAAGUCUGUAAGUUUGAAUGAUGAAGAAAAAAAGAAAAGAAAAAUGAAUCGAAAUCGUUUUCAGGCGGCUAAAGACGCGUACACGCGUGCGUACAAAUUUUCGCUCGCGUGGAUGAAAGAAUGACGAAAAAAGAAAAACAAACAAAAAACCAAAGAAGAAGGAAUAUUAUUUCUCGAGAUAACGAAGACGAGCCAACCAAUCUUAUCGUUCUGUCCUAUUCGAGAUCAUCAAUUUUUAUUUUUUAUUUUCUCCUUUAUAAUCCCAUUUUUCCAUUCUUUUUCUUUUUUUUUUUUUUAAUUUCUACGAUACGAAAUGAAAAAGAUCGAUCAUCUCAUUUUCCAAAAAAUGGCCGUCUCUUUACGUUAUCUCUCCGUUGAUUUUCGCCGAAAGAGACAAAAAGGAAAACAGAAAAAAGACCAAAAAAAAAGGAAAGAAAAAAAACGAGACAGACAGAAAAAAGCGUCGUCGCGUCUAUCAAAUAUUUCAGAAGCAUAUCCGAUCAAACAUAUGAGAAAAAAAAUAUCUAGGCUACGAAGUAAAAGUAAUCUCUCUCUUUUAUUCCGACGAAAGCUAAUAUAUGUAUAUACAUACAUAUGUGUAUAUGUAUGUGUGUAUAUAUAUAUAUAUAUAUAUAUAUAUAUAUAUAUGUAUAGAAAGAGAGAGAGAGAGAUACGUACACACGUAAUAAACAAAUAUAAAUAUAUAUAUAUGUAUAUUUAUAUAUUCGAUGUGCUAUCGGUUAAAUAUUGAUUUAAGAUAUUAAUUGUUUAAAAUCUUUUCGAAAUAUCGACUUUUAAAUGAACGAAAGAAGGAAAAAGACAGAGAGAGAGAGAGAGAGAGAGAGAGAGAGAAAAUGUAGAAAGAAGAAAAAAAAAAGAAAAUUCUGAUCUAAUGGAUUGACUCUCCCUUUAAAUAUUUAAUCAGUAGCCAUUUCUUAUGGGGUUUUAAUCAAUCGUUUUUAUGUUCAAUGAAAUAAGAGAAAGAGAGAGAGAGAGAGAGAGAGAAGAAAAUUGAGUAAAAAGCAAAUCGACGAGUUGACAAUUACAAGAUUCUCUUAUUUCGUAUUAGAAAGAGAAAAUAAAUAAAAUAAGAGAAAGAGGAAAUAAGAAAGAUACACGCAAUAGAAAAGAAUAUCGUAUCGUAUACGUCGUGUAAAGUUCGUUUGAAAUCUUGCAGUGCCAAAUAAAAUUUUAUUAUCGAUAUUUUGAAGGAUGGUACUUGCACGAGAAAGAGAGAGGAGGAGUGAAUGAACGAGUGAGAAAGUAAGAUGAAUGAAAGAGACAGAGUACGAAUGAACGAGAGAGAGAGAGAGAGAGAGAGAGAAAGAAAAUAAAAAGGAAUGUCGAAUUGAUGUCAAUGAACGCGUCGGGAGUGCAAUGCGAGAGAGAGAAAAUGAAAAAAAUAAAAAAAUAAAAUAAAAUAAAAUAAAAUAAAUUGAAAUGAAAUAAAAUGAAAUUAAGAAAAGGAAGGAAGAAAGAGAAAAAGAUAGAGACAUUAAAAAAAAAAGAUCUCCUACGUUUGUUGACCCUCGAUUCGACUUUGCCAUAGGAAAUAAAGGAUCGAUCGAUUGAGUUUAACUCACCCUUCACCUCUAUUACUACUAUUACUACUACUACUACUACACUACUACUACUACUACUAACUACUAGUUUUGCAUUCGAAAACGAGAUCUCUUUUAAGUCUGACAAUGAAACGUGAGCAAAAUAAUGGAGAAGGAAGAAAUACAGAAAUAAAGAAAAAAAAGAAAAAAAAAACGUGGAGUAACACGAUCGUAUCGUUGUGGCGUAGAGAGCAAUCUGUUAGUGCAGGGGCCUUAUCCUUACUGCGAGGGCCAUGACAAGGAUGAUACGUCACAAUCGUUUUAUCAUUGUACUAUUUUUCUUUUUAUUUCUAUUUUUCUUUUUUCUUUCUUUCUUUUUCUUUUUUUUUUUUUUUAUUAUUCUUUAUGUACGUAUAUCGUAUGAAUGGCUGCAUAACAAUGAUGAUAAUAAUAAUAAUAAUAAUAAUAAUAUUACAAUAAUAUCUAGUAAUAAUAAUGAUAAUAAUAAUAAUCGAAAGGUUUCUCAGCCUUGUUAAUUAGAUUUCUAAGCAGCCCAUUUUCGUCGGAUAUUUGUCAAAAAUAUAAGAUAUAACGUGAGGGGAGGGCUCUCUCCUCCUUGUCCCCCCUCCCCUCUCACUGUAAGUACGUUAAUACUCGUUAUAAUCUAUAAAAGUGAAUUUCGAAAAUUCAUUAUAAAAACGUACGU